AUAACAGUUGAGUUAAAGAUGUUCAUUGCAAUUUUAGUGAUUUUACUAUUUUUUUAUUUAAUACUGCGAUAUAGAAAUUACAUUAAUAAAUAUAAUGAUAUUAAUCAAAUUCCAGGUCCUACAUUAAUCGACAUUAUUAAAUCAUAUCGCAAUUCAGACGGUUUAAUCAAUUUUCUUCAAUCAUUAAAUUCAAAAUAUGGCCCAAUUAUUAAAAUAUGGAUAAAACCACUGCCACCGACAAUAAUAACAACGGAUUCAGAAUUUCUCGAUAAAAUUUACAGAUCAAAUGACUAUUUUUACAAUGCUUCAUUUGCUGAUGUUAAAUCUUUAUUUAGAAAUAGUUUGUUGACCACAACAUCAAGGGAAAGUUGGAGGAAUGAUAAACAAAUUAUAAUGAAGACUUUCACCCCCGGUUUCAUAUCGAAUCAUUUGUUGGUUUAUAAAAGGAAAUACAACGAAUUCAUCGAAAUGAUUUACGAGAAUUUAGAAAAACCGAUUGAUAUACAACCCCAUAUGAGAAAAAUUCACGCUGAAAUCAUGAUUGAAUCAAUGAUGGAUCCUCAAAUUAAAAUGACACAAGAAGAAAUUAAUGAAUAUAUGAAAAAUUGGCUAAUAUAUUUCGAUUUGUUAUUAAAAAAAAUGAAUUCAUUAGGAAUUUUGUACAAAUUUACAAACAAUUACCGCACAUCUUUAAAAUGCGCUGAAAAUAUAAUAAAAAUCAUGGAAAAUUUGUUGAAACGACACAAGAAUGUUUCGCAAGAUCAAAGAGCUAAAAACAAUUUAAUGUAUGCUUUUAUUGAUAGUGGAAUGUCGGAUGAUAAAAUUGUCGAUAAUAUGAAUAUUACGAUUGGAGGUGGAUUUGAAACGUCUGUUAUUCCAAUAUCGCUAACUUUGUAUGAACUAGGAAAACGUCCAGAAUUACAAGAAAAAAUUCUAGAAGAAAUUCUUUCCGUUAUUGGACCUGAAUUAAAAGAAAUUACAUUUAAUGAUUUAAAUAACAUGACUUAUUUGCAGUGUGUUGCAAAUGAAGCCGUACGAUUAUAUUUUCCAUCACCAUUUAUGGACCGAUUGUUGCCUAAUAACGUUAAAGUUAAAGAUAUGGUAAUUCCGAAAGAUACCCAAGUAGUUUUUCAUUUAUCAAAAAUUUUUAAAUCGAACGAAUACUUUGAAAAUGCUAACGUUUUUAACCCGGAUAGGUUUUUACAAGGAUCUGUUACUGAAAAAACGUUGUUAUGGUUUGGAUAUGGAGCAAAGCAAUGUCCGGGAAAAAAGAUUGCUUAUGCUUCCAUAAAAUUAUUAUUAGCAACAAUCCUUAGAGAAUUUAAAAUUUAUCCUGUUAAGGAUCAUGAAGUUCAAUUAAAAUCCGAUAUAAAUUUUACAAGUGUUACUGGAAUUCCUGUUAUUUUUAAAAAAAGGAUGUAAUAAAGGUUCUACUGAUAACUAAGCAGUUUGCUAUUGUUUCUGAAUCAAAUUCAUUAAAGUUUUAGAAGAAGAA